AUGGGAAAGACGAUAGAGAAGCGCGGGUCUCCUGGAUUGGAUGGAGACCAAGGCGCUGGCAAUGAUGGAGCAGGAGGGGCUGCAUUUAUUGGCGGAAUCGGCGCCGUGCUUGCUGAUCAUCAGCUACAGAAGGACCAGGGGUUGAAGCCUCGAGGCUCGCUACUCCAGGAGCCUCAGCCGGAGGCGCAGGUGGGCUGUCCAAAUCUGGAGUGGGAGCAGCUGCCGGAUACUUGUGCUUAG